CUGCCAGUGUCGCAAAAGGUGCCAGUGCUGCGCUGUGACAUGAUGCGACGAUGAAGACAGAAUUCAAGUUCUCAAACCUCCUAGGCACCGUCUAUGGCCGGGGCAAUCUGGUCUUCACGCCCGAUGGGAAUUCUCUACUGUCGCCUGUAGGGAACCGAGUCUCUGUGUUCAAUCUAACAAAAAACACCAGCUAUACCCUCCCCUUCUCACAUCGGAAGAACAUAGUACACCUCAACCUUACUCCCGAUGGCAACCUUCUCCUCACAAUCGACGAAGACGGUCGAGCGAUUCUAUCGGUGUUUCCUAGAAGGAUAGCCAUUUACCACUUCACAUUCAAGGCUCCAGUCACAUCAUUGUCUUUCUCACCGAAUGGUCGAUAUUUUGUCGUUGGACUCGGCCGGAAAAUUCAGGCAUGGCGGACACCUUCCACGCCUAGCAGUGAUGCCAAUGGCGAGCUCGAAUUCGCUCCAUUCAUCCUGCAUCGGGAAUAUGGCGGCCACUUUGACGAAGUGAGACAUCUCAGCUGGUCUGGAGACUCCCGAUUUUUCCUGAGUGCUUCUAAAGAUUUGACGGCACGGAUAUGGAGUUUGGAUCCUGAAGAAGGGUUUGAGCCAACAGUAUUGGCAGGACACAGACAACAAGUGAGGGGCGUCUGGUUUUCUGCGGAUCAAGAGUCUGUCUUCACAGUCAGCGAGGAUGGCGCACUCUUCCGCUGGGAAUUCGUCCCAAGCCCGCAUUAUGUGGAGGAUGAAGAUCCAGCCGAAGCUGCCGACGAGCGAUGGAGAAUUGUGCAGAAGGAUUUCUUCAUGCAAAAUGCGAAGUUGAAAUGCGCCUGCUUCCAUCCUCCAACAGGCUUGUUGACUGUCUGCUUCGAUAAUGGCCUUUUCUCCCUAUAUGAGCUGCCAUCGUUUUCCAAUAUCCACAGCCUCUCCAUGGCCAAUUCUCCGAUCUCCGCAGUGGCCAUGAAUAAAACCGGAGAGUGGUUAGCAUUUGGCUCAGCAAAGACCGGCCAACUUUUGGUAUGGGAGCAUGCGUCGGAAUCGAAUAUCCUCAAGCAGUCUUCACACCUUGAUGCUCUCACGACCUUGACGUACUCUCCGGAUUCCACACGCAUCAUCACCGGAGCCGACGAUGGACUGAUCAAGAUAUGGGAUGUGUCCUCCGGCUUCCAUAUUGCAACAUUUACAGAGCACAGUUCGGCGGUUACAGCGUCUGCAUAUUCGAAAAGAGGAAAUGUGCUUUUCACUUCGUCUUUGGACGGGUCAGUACGUGCCUGGGACAUGUUAAGAUAUCGGAAUUUCCGGACCUUCACAGCUCCGACACGACUGUCAUUUUCUUGUCUGGCAGUUGACCCUUCCGCAGAGGUGGUAUGUGCAGGAUCACAUGAUUCUUUCGAUAUCCAUCUAUGGUCAGUGCAAACCGGCGCCCUUCUUGACCAGCUUUCGGGCCACGAAGGCCCAAUAUCCACAUUGGCUUUUACACCGGAUGGGAGAUAUCUUGUUUCAGGCUCCUGGGACCAUACUAUCCGAGUGUGGUCUGUAUUCGACCGGUCGCAAACGUCCGAAACUCUGCAGCUUACUUCCGAUCUGCUAAGCAUCGCAAUCCGCCCUGAUUCUGCACAAGUAGCUGCUUCAACGCUUGAUGGCCAAUUGACCUUCUGGAACCUGAACACCUCGAUUCAGGAUUCUGUUCUUGACGGCCGGAGAGACGUAAGCGGUGGCCGUACUCUCACCUCCAGGCGGACUGCCGCAUCGGCUCCUGGAACAAAAUCCUUCAACACCAUUACCUAUUCUGCUGAUGGGAGCUGCUUGUUGGCAGCAGGAAACAGCAAAUAUAUCUGCUUGUAUUCUGUCAGCACAUUGACAUUAAUCAAAAAGUUCACAGUUUCGAUCAACCUCAGCUUGGACGGCACUCAGGAAUUUCUUAACUCCGAUGCAAUUAUGUCCAACGGACUUCCGCGAGAUAUGAUAGACACGGAAGGAGAAAACAGUGACCUCGAAGAUCGAAUAGACCGUAGCUUGCCUGGAGCCAAGCGAGGCCGUGACGCCACAGCCAGGACAAUUCGACCCGAAGUCAGGGUGACCAGUGUCGAAUUCGCACCUACUGGACGAAGCUUUUGCGCAUCCAGUACAGAAGGCUUGUUGAUCUACAGCCUAGACAACUCCGGCAUGGAUGAAUUUGAUCCUUUCGAUCUUGACCUAGAUGUUACACCACAAAACAUCCGCGCAAUUCUCAAACAGAAGGAGCCAGAAUACCUCAAAGCCUUAAUUAUGGCUUUCAGGUUGAACGACAAGCCGUUGCUGAGACAGGUCUACGAGUCUAUUCCAUACACGUCAGUGCCUCUUCUUGUACGAGAGUUGCCGAAGGUGUACCUCGGGCGCCUGUUGAUGCUCCUCGGGCAUCAGAUGGAACACAGCCCGCAUCUGGAAUUCGCUCUGCGCUGGGUCAGCGAAGUUCUCAGUGUCCACGGGCGCUAUAUCAAGGAAAGGUCUGGGGAGUUUGCGAGCGAGCUCCGUGCAGUACUCAGAGGCGUGGAGGGAAUUGGAAAGUCGGUGCGGUCGCUCGGAGAACGAAAUUCGCUAGAAAUCGAGUUUUUGUGCCAACACCCUCCAGCCAAAUCCAAGGCGCUGGCUAUCAUAUCGACUGAUAGUCAAGACCCUAAUGAUCAUGAUGCGGUCAUGGGUGAUGAGGAUGAUCAGGGCGAUUGGAUAGGACUUGGUUGAGUGUUGGACUCACCUUUUGAUCCUAUACCUCUCGAUUUUCAUUCAAGGGCGGAAUUUCAACUCCCUGCGGUCACAGAAGCAAAGGACGAGAGUAUGAAGGAAGAUAUGAUGACAAGGAGGAGCCUUGAACUUCCUGGUUGACACCAUUAUUGGUCUCACGACCCCCGGUGGUAUAAGAAAGAUGUCGUCGUCAGUGCUUAGCUCCUGAUGUUCUGUUAUACACUUCCGCUAAGGGGAUUACUGGAAGCGGACACUUUGGGGCUAUCCUACCAUGAUACGGGGCUGCCGCAAACGGGAUAGGUUCCGGAGGCGAAUAUCACUUCUCCCUUGAUGUUGGACUGUACUCACAUCGUGCGUUACGUUCUCGGUCGAUCUCUCGAAAGUCGGAGCCCUCUGGAAUCUAAAUUCCGCCCCGUGCCCUGCAUGAGCUGUGGAGAUUACACGUUAGCCGUCAUGGAUCAAGGGGAUCUUUUACUCAAAGGCCAGUUAAGGAAUUAUGGACUGCUGUUACCUUGGUAGAUUGGGUUGUCAUCAGACAGAAGAGUCAAGGAUGGCCAGCCGUCCGAGCAAAACUGAUUUGACUGUUACCACUCUACACCUUCAAAGAGAUAUAGCUAGCCACCAUCCAUGUAUUGUCACAGGCAGUGGCACUGCUACAUACUUCAAGUCACCCAGCCUUUGGAAACCACCAUCUCAUUGUAUUCACUCCAGAGAACUAUAAUGCCACCCCUAUUAAAUCAAGCGAGCCCUUUCCGCAAUAUCCGCAAAUCUGGCGGUCACAACAAAGCAGUGAUAUAGUCAC